AUGGAAAAGCAGGAGUCUGGGGGGGCUGCUGGCAGCCUCAGCCAGGAACCCCCUGGAGGGGCAGCCAGGGAAGUGCCAGGAGGCAGCGCAUGGAUGGAGGCGGGCUCCGGGCUGCCCUCCGGAGUAGUCUGGUCCCAAGGUUCCUGCCACUCCGGAGUAGUAACUAGAAGCCCGGAUUCCUUCCGUCACUCCGGAGUGGUAGCGGCUCAUGGUUCCAGGCCCAACCAGCAUCCUGGGGAGGUUGUGGGCCACACUGGCACAUACCCUGGCAGAUCUAAUCCCCCCGUUCCUGGAACCUGUGCAUCCGGGACGUCUGACUCGGGAUGCAGUUCGCGUUCCGGUUCAACUUUGCACCCCCACAAACCCUCUGAGGAUCGGCCCCACAGCAUCCUAAAAACCAGCAACCCCACCUUGAUGCAGAAAUCCCCCAGUGCGGAAAAGAAAAAGUCUCAACGCUGGGAUGAGAUGAAUAUCAUGACCACUUACCACCCUGCUGACAAGGACUACGGGUUUAUGAAGGUGGAUGAGCCUAGCACUCCCUUCCACAGGCCGCAGGAUGGUGAUGAGCCCUCCUACCCAGUGAGCCCUGAGGCACUGGCUGAAAGGUUGGCAGCAAUGGACAAUUUCUACCCCAAGGUCCUUCAGCAUCCUGAUAACAGAAGCUCAGGGCCUUCCGACAACUUUUCCAAAACACACGCCGGUGGUUUUGAGAAGCACCGCAAGGCACACUACGAUGAAGGAAAGUUCCUCAGCGCUCAGAAAAAGCAGCCCUCGAAGAGCAAUGGGGGUAGUGAAAGUUUGGGCAGUGGCAGUCGAGGUGUGAUGUUGGGCCCAGAGUCCAGGCCUGUGGAGGGAGGCCAGGCAAGAGGACUGGCCGGAGGAGUCAAAGAUGAGACUGGCCUGGUGACCAGGAACCACAUCCGAGAAACUGAGGAUUCCUCGACCUUCAGAAAUCAGUCCCCAGCUUCGGCCAAAAUCAUGCCGGACAAGGAGGCUGAUGUGCAGCGGAAGGAGUAUCACAGCAAAGGAAGGUACCUGAGGUGCUGGCCUCGCCCGGAGCUCCAGGAGGACUCGGAAGAUGAGCAGCCGGACAAUGACAGUUCUUCACGCUUGAGCUGGGCAAGUGAGAAUUCCACAGGAACUGAGGUCCGUUCGCUGGACCACAGAGGAAGCCCCCUUCGGGAUCACAGGCCAUCGAGAACUCCCUAA